AUGUCGAACCCCAAGCCCGAGUUCCUGCGCUUCACCGGCCACCAGUCCUUCGCCCAGCGCCUCGUGCUGUCGACCCUGACCGGCCGCCCCGUCCACAUCUCCAAGAUCCGCACCCAGUCGCCCACCAACCCGGGCCUGGCGCCCCAUGAGGUCUCCUUCCUGCGCCUGCUCGAGGCCGUCACCAACGGCGCCUCGAUGCAGAUCUCCUACACCGGUACCACCAUCACCUACCACCCGGGCCUGAUCACGGGCGCCGCCCCGGGCGUCGGCGCCGUCGGCGACAGCGCCGAUGUCAUCGAGCACAACAUCCCCGCCUCCUGCACCCGCGGCAUCACCUACUUCCUGCUGCCCCUGUGCCAGCUGGCCCCCUUCUCCAAGGCCCACAUGAACGUGCGCUUCACCGGCCCGGGCGUCAUCACAUCGGCCACCGAGACCGGCGACCUGUCGGUCGACUCCUUCCGGACCGCCAUAUUACCCAUGUACGACCUGUUCGGCAUACCCGCCGCGCGCAUAGAGUUGAGGGUGAUGCAGAGGUCGUGCGCAGGGCCCAGGGGAACGGGCGGCGCCGGCGUGGUCGAGCUGCGGUUCGCCAGCCAGGUCCGCCUGCCCAAGACGUUACAUCUGAACCGCAGCCCCGGCAGGAUACGGAGGAUACGCGGCGUGGCCUAUGCCACGGGCGUCUCGGCGAGCAACAACGCGCGCAUGAUACACUCGGCGAGGGAGGUGCUGAACCCCCUGGUGGCAGACAUACACGUUGCGGCACAGUACGACCAGGCGCCGCUGGUGGCGGCCGGCGACAAGGCCGGCGGGAAGAGGAGGAUGGGUAUCGGGUUUGGCCUGAGUCUCGUGGCCGAGUCCAACGCCGCCGGCGUCCUGUAUUCGGCGGACAUCGUCGCGCCGGCCGAGGGAGGCGUCGUGCCCGAGGAUCUGGGGAAGCGGUGUGCAUACCAGCUCCUGGAGGCCAUAGAGACCGGAGGGUGCGCCAGCCUGGCGGCCUCGAGCACGGUGCUGACGCUCAUGGCCAUGGGAUCGGAGGACGUGGGGCGGCUACGGAUUGGCAGGGGCGUCAUGGGCACGGAGCAGGUCAUAGGGCUGGCGCGGGACCUCAAGACCUUUGGCGCCAGCAGCUGGGGUCUGAGGGACGUCGACGACGACGACACGGGCGACAUCAUUGUCUCGGUGAAGGGGACUGGUGUCGGCAAUGUCGGCAGGAAGGUAGCAUAG